AUAUGUGUGUGUGUGUGUGUGUGUAUGCAUAUACUACCUUCCUGCAUCAACCAAAAAGCUCACGAACUCAUCAUUAUCCACUGAGGAAACUUGAUUUCUACCGAAUAAAGUGGUAAAUUCUCUUCUUUAAUUUCUUAUUCAUUGAGGAAACCAGCGUCGUCGAGAGAGAGAGAGAGAGAGAGAGAGAGAGAGAUGGAGAAUCUUUCUUUUGCUAUGAAUGGAGGAGAGGGUCCUCGCAGCUAUGCUCUAAACUCUUCAUUUCAGAGAAGCGCGUUCGAAGCUCAAAAGAGGUUGAUCGAUGAGGCAAUAUCCGAAAACUUGGAUCCCACCAUGACCUUCACCUCUUCUAGCUCUAAAGACCUCAUUACUAUUGCAGACUUAGGCUGCUCAACAGGUCCUAAUACUUUCAUAGCAAUGCAUAGCAUAACAGAAGCAAUAAAAAACCAUUACCGAAGACACAAGCUUCUUCCUGCUCAUCAAACCUUAGAAUUCCAAGUUUUCUUCAACGACCAAGUCUCAAAUGACUUCAACACACUCUUCAAGAACCUUCCUCCUAACCGAUCCUACUUUGCUUGUGGGGUUCCUGGUUCUUUCCGAGGACGUUUAUUCCCAAAUCAAUCCCUUCACUUUGUGCAUUCUGCUUCAACACUUCACUGGCUCUCUAGGGUUCCUAAGGACAUUGUGGAUAGAAGUUCCAGUGCUUGGAACAAAGGAAGGAUUCAUCACACGGAUGCCCCAAAGGAAGUUGGUGAGGCCUACGAAGCUCAGUUUAAAGAGGAUCUUGAGAACUUUUUGAAUGCUAGAGCAGAAGAAGUUGUGGGAAAUGGACUCAUGGCUCUUCAGAUACCUGCUGCACCAGAUGUUGUUGCUGAUGAUAAUAAGGAAAUAGAUCCUGGUAGAGUUUUUGAGCUUCUUGGAUCUUCUCUCAUAGACAUGGCUAGAGUGGGAAUUAUGACAGAAGAAAAGGUUGACUCAUUCAAUUUGCCAAUCUUUUACUCACCUGUUAAGGGCGUGAAGGCGAUUCUCGAGGAAAACAAGUAUUUCAGUGUUGAGAAAAUGGAACCUCUGAACCUUGAGACCUUCUAUGCGGCCCCAAAUGUGUACACAUUUGUUUCCCUUUAUAGGGUUGUGAUGGAAGAUCUGAUUAAGCAGCACUUUGGAGGCGCAAUAGUUGAUGAGCUUUUCGAUCGCUUUACUCAGAAGGUUGUAGAAUUCCCAGAUAUCAUGAACCUUAGGAAGCUUAAAAUAGUUAUGCUUUUUGUGCUUCUUAAACGCAAGUUGUGAGCUAUAAAUAUAUAUAUACAAGUUGUGAGCUAUAAAUAUAUAUAUAUAGUUUUGUGUUGAUGAAGUUGAAAAGGAUAAAGAAAAUAAAGGAUCGGACUUGCUGAGUUCAAGUAAGUUUUUCAAGAGUUGUUAAUGUAAUCAAAUUAUACAUUCAAUAAAAUUUGAUUAAUAGAUAUUGACAAGAGAAGAGCACGGUCUAAAGUAACAUUGAAGCUUCUCUGAUACAA